UUUCCCCACGCCAAUCCUCCCUGGCCGCCAAAUCCCUCUCCCCUGUUUCAACUUCCCUCCCAAUUUUCCCACUAACCCCGCCCACCCCGCGAGAUCCCCUCGUCAUCUUCCCAAACGAAACCAUCAGGCCACCGCCCUUGCUCCCAUCUCUAACCCUAAUCAUCGCACUCCCAUCUGUACAUCGCUUGGUGAGAAGGGGGCAAGAAGAGGUCGGUCCUUCCUGGUGAUCCACAUAUGGCGACUCGUGCCUCCAACACUGUUGGCGACCACGGAGAUCCUACUGAUGGAGACGCCGGCAACCAAGGGAUCAAGAAACCACAUCGGCGCCCUGCUCAUCCCCAAGGUCUCACUGAUGACCACGAGUUACAGUUUCAAUCUACUGAAACCAGCAGAGCCCCAACUGAUGGAAACGACGGCGACCAAAGGAUCAAGAAGCUCCAACGUCGUCCUGCUGUACCCCAAGGGCUCACUGAUGACAACGAGCUACCAUUUCAACCUAUUGAACCAAGCAGGUGCGCUACAUCCCUGAUAAUGAAGUCUAUCUGAUUAUGUUGAUUCACUUAACUUAAUUUUUUAUAUCUCAGAAUUCCAGAUUUAUUAUUCAUUCAUGGAGUACUAGUUUGGUCAGAUUUCAACUGGUUUAUGUUGCAUACACUGAACAUAAUUUGUUAGAUCUCAUAAUUCCAGAUUUAUUGUUCGUUCAUGGAGUUCUAGCUAAUGUUCAAUACACUGAACUUAAUUUUUUAUAUCUCAGAAUUCCAGAUUUAUUUGUUCAUUCAUGGAGUACUAAUUUGGUAAAAUUUCAACUGGUUUAUGUUGAAUACACUGAACAUAAUUUGUUAGAUCUCAUAAUUCCAGAUUUAUUGUUCGUUCAUGGAGUUCUAGUUUAUGUUCAAUACACUGAAAUUAAUUUUUUAUAUCUCAGAAUUCCAGAUUUAUUUGUUCAUUCAUGGAGUACUAGUUUGGUAAAAUUU